CUUAUCUUACACCAAGACAAUGUCUUCGAUGAAGAAGAAUAGUACGAUAGGUGGGAAGAAUUAUAAAGGUGGAGUACAAAAGCAGAAAUUAACGAUUAUUUCUUUACUCCUUGGAGUAUUCUUGACAGUUGCCGUGAUAGCUUUUAUAACGCUUUUGCUCAUACAUCUUAAAGUUCCUAAAGCUGAUGUAUGUGACAGCCAUAAUUGCCAGUACGGAAUCUGUGUAGCAGACCAGACCAGAUUGCGAGGCUACACGUGUAACUGCACGCUUGGUUAUGUCGGGGACAAUUGUGAAGUUGAUGCAUGUUAUAGCAAUGGUUGUAAGAAUGGGACGUGUGUGGCGGAUCAAUCAAGGAUAAGAGGAUACAAGUGUAAUUGUACCAUUGGCUUUGACGGGGAAAAUUGUCAAGAAAUGGACAAAUGUGAAGAAGAGAAAAACAGAUUAAGGAUCGGGUUGAAGGAGGCGCAAAAACCUGAACAAAGGACCAUAAUACUUUGCGAGUCGGAGAACGGAGAAAUCCGUUGUGAGAACACAAAAAGACUAAAAAUAGAGUCUGCCAAUUAUGGUCGCACCGAAGCUGCUGUGUGUCCUGGCACAAAUGACGGUAAUACUAACUGCCGCUUAGAUGUACUGGGCAAGUUAUCAGAAAAAUGUGAUAAUGAAACUCGCUGCCCUGUUCCAUCUAGAUGGGAAGACUUAGGCGGAGUGGACCCUUGUUUUGGGACUUACAAAUACGUUGAAGUCACUUACAAUUGUUCUUAAAUAUUGAACCAUAAUGUGUAAAACAAUAAAUAACAUAUCU